AUGAAGAAGUACAGGACUUAGAAGGAAAAUGGCUGAAAAGAAAACAAGAGGUCCAUAACUGUAAUUGCCUUCCAGCAAACUUGAAGGUUCAACUAGUUACUCUACAUCAGUCAUGGGUAAUCCACAGCCUGUGAGACUUUCAGAAUGAUGAUGUCAGUACUCCAGAAGGAGUUCAACAAGAGUGUUGUCCGACUCAGAAAUUGUAUGCCUGAGAAGUUUUUCUCAUUAUGUUUAAUGCACUUGUCUGUUGUGCUUGAUUUAAAUGACAAUGGUUUGGAGGAAAUACUGUCUGACAAACCAAAAAAGCCUCUUACUCCACUCCGGAAAAAGAAAAAUGAAAGUAAAAGUGGUCUGUUUGGUAGUCAGUUAACUGGAGAGAGCAUUGCUUCAAUAUUUCGUUUGAUUGAAUUCUUAAAACGUCAAGAAAAUAUUGAAUGUGAAGGUCUAUUCCGUAAGACAGGCAGUAAUAACCGACAAAGUGUGUUGAGAAGCAUGCUUAUUCAAAAUAAUGAAUUAAAUCUAGAAAGUGGAAAAUUCUCACCUCAUGAUUGUGCUUCUGUUUUGAAAAUCUUUUUGAAAGAACUUCCUGAAUGUCUUAUGAUGGACAAAUUUUCUAAAGCACAUAUCCAAUUGACAGAAAUGGCACGUCACUGUAAGCUGGAAAAUGAUAAGAAGCGAGAGAAAGUACUAAAAGCCAUCCAACUGCUCAUACUUCUGCUCCCUAAAGAGAACACUUUAUUACUUGAAUGUUUGCUAGAUCUCCUCUCUAAAGUUGUAACCGAGAAAAAAAAUCGAAUGACAACCAAAUCUCUUGGCACUAUAUUUGCACCCCAUUUCCUCUGCCCAAGAAAUCUCUCACCUUCAGAAUUCCACGUGGCAGCAGAAAACUUUUCUGAACUUACAACUUUCAUCAUUGAGCAAGCUGGUGAUGUGUUUAAGAUUCCUAAGGAUUUAGCCAAAGAUGUAAACCGAUUCUGGAUGGAUAUGGAGAAUCCAAACAAAUCACCAGAAAACUUUUUUGAUAUUACUGAAAGCACACAUCCUCUAACUUCUCGGAAGGCAACAAGUGAUGAUGCAGUGAACACUUGUGUGAAUUUUGCUGACCGCAAUUUAGGCAGUGAAGAUGUAACGCAGACUGAGAUGGCAAAACUAUACAACCACAUUCAAUCAAUGCCGAACACUGCCAAGAAAAGGAAGUUGUUAAAGCAGUUUGCCAAAGCUAACCAUACAAAUUUAGAUUCAGUUUCUCGCUCAAGUAAAGAGAAUCUCAGUAUCUAUCAACGUGUCAGUCAAUCAAUCAAGUCAACAGGGCGUCAAACCCGGAGUCGGACUUUUGGUUUAGGUGAAAGCAUCAUGAGACAUUUGCCUCGAAUGAAAAACAGACAGAGAGAUGGGGAAUCCUAUUUCUAUGGCUCCAACUCAGUUUUCAAGUAUAACAAAGUGAAAAAUAAAGAGACCACCCCUUUUGCAUGGAGUUCAGUUGUUAAUAAUUUAAGACGUGAAGAGGUGGCCUCAUGUUGCUUGAAUUCAACUUACAAGCCGAAUUUCGACAUCAGGAUGGUCUCCUUGUUGCCAAACUAUAACCAGACAUUUACUGACUACAGUACAAAGAAUACAACAGAGUCUUCUUGCCAAACACUGGAUGACACAUUAAUUCCUGAAGCACCAAGCUCUCUACUGAAAAAGAAGCUUGAUUUUGACACUAUCUUACACAGUGAGACUGGGAGUCCACUUGUUCAUGUGGUAGACCUCCAUGAAUCAUCGGUCACUAUGAAUACUAGGAAGCGGAAGAGUGAUGAAUCUGAAGAAAAUAAAGAUAAAAUCACAGAAAUAGUUCCAUCCAUUGAGAAUGAGAUUAGCUACUUGGCUAAUGACAUCAAAAAGUUAAGAGCAAAAUCAUCGACACCACAGUGUAAAAUAGAAGAGCUUACUUUUUACACUCCUAUGACAUCAUUUCGAAAAAACCACUACAGAACUGCUUGUAAACUUCCUCGUCGACCAAUGGGUAUUUGCAAUACACCAGUGACUGAGAGCUGUGUCUGAAAAUUUACUUUCACCUAAAAAUAAUCGAUGUGCUGUAACCUAUGAAACGAGGUAGUUUCCUUCUACCUUGCUCAAAUCACAAACAUGACAACACCACCACCACUUAUUUCUUCUGGCUGAUUCUGCAAUUACUGUUAGCUGAAAUGUCUAAUGACAGUUUGCCUUCUUCCACAUUUCCACAGCCUUUUUCUUUCUAUUCGAACAAUAUCUUAAUCUGCAUUGUGUGAUAUAAUUUUUUUUUUUUUUUUUUGACAUAUAUAUGUAUAAACGUCUGCAAUCCAUCGCUUCUCUUUCCCACCUUUCAUCAAUAUAUUCGACCUUACUAUCAGAUCCCCAUUCUCUCCUGUUGACUCGAAUCUAUUUAAGUGACACAUGUGAGUGUAUGUGGGUAUGUGCAUGCAAUUUACACUACUGUGAUGCAAGAUGACAUCCAAAACUCAAUAUAAAAAUGUGAUUUGUAAACUACACACAUUGACACAUAUAUACACACACAUAUAUAUAUAUACUUCAUGUAAAUUUGAAUCUGAAACUGUUUUACAUAAACCAUAUAUUUCCAUUUUAAAUGUAUCAUAUAACAUACAAUAUCAGUUCAUUUUCUUCAUUUCUAUUAAACAUGUUUUUUUUUUUUUUUAUCAUUAAUAAUCCCUCACAGACUUCAGUGUUCAUGUUUUUGCUGUCACUUCCCUUUUCUUUCAUUUGAGAUUUUGGUUCUUCAGUUAAAUGGUUAAAACCAUUGGGGACGUUCUGUACUACAGAUAGCACUCUAAUUAUAGAAACAAAAUGUGAAGAGUUCUUGUUGGAGAGUGUAAAAUGUUUACAGAUGUGAGCUGGGCUCCUGUAAACCAAAUAUCCAAAAAAUUAUACAUUAAGAAACAACAGGUUAUAUUCAAAGACAUCUUAUUUACCUUAUUUGACAGACUAUACAGUGGAGAACUCUACCCCCCCCCACACACACACAGGAGUCCCAGAAGGUCGACCAGAGUUUUAUAAACACAUGGUCAGGGUGUGGGUUUCUGACAUGUCAUACUGUCAAAAAUCAAGAUGCACUGUAUAAGCUUGUAUACCUUGUAAGUCGUCAAAUAUUGUAGUUAGUUGCUGAAAUUUAAAUAUGCUUUCUUCUUUGUUAUGUAUUUGUGCACAAAGAGUUAGCUAUUUUACCUGUUCAUUCCAUGAGAUUUGGUGUUUUAGAAUUUUAGUUCUACAUUUAAGUACAGCUAAGUAUAGGGUAAAUAUUCUAUAAUGAUUGCCCUGAAAAUGUUUAAUAUCUACCCUUUGAUAUAAAUUUCAGUGUUUUCAUCUUUACUAACAAAAGAAAAUAUUAAAGCCUUUAUUUGAAUAAUUAUUCAAAUCCAAGUAUAAGACAUUUUGGUGGAGCUGAUUUGGUGCUGACUUAUUUGACAUCAGAUGUUUAAAUGUUUCCCUCCCUCUCUCUCUAUCUAUCUAUCUACAUGUGUGUGUGUUUGCCUCCUGUGCCAAAAAGUACUGUCACCAAAACAUGCUGACUGUCCAGUCAGCCGAGCCAAGCCAGGCCAGAUCAUCAGCAUCCAAAUGGCUGCACCCAGUCAUGUUGUUCCUUUCAAAGAGAUUAUUUUAUCUUUCUAUGAACUAUUUCAGUAAAAACUGUCUCCCAUUUUAGACAGAUUCUUACAAAGUCUCUUAAAUUAAGAUGGUGCCAGGACUGUAUGAAACAAAUGAAUAUUUGUUCAUUGUUCUUAGAUUUUAUCUUGCAACAAAACUCCCCAAAUAUGUAGCAUCCUUCCAAUGUUCUUUAUUUCGUUUUUAUUUAUCAAGUAUCCAAUUCUUUUUUAUAUUUACAAAUCACAUUCUUCAUGUAUAUAAACAUGAAACCUGACAAAUUUUUUAAAUCCUUAAUAAGUCUCUUAAAGGAUAUUAUUAGUAAUGUAAAUUGAGAGAAAUUAUGAAUUGGUUUUUCUUCUAAGUAAAUAUAAUUAAAGAAACCAUGGUUAUGAAUUGAGAUUAAAUACAUUUCCUCUGCUCUUCAUUUUGUUUUUCUGCUUUAUUAUGUUAUUGAAUAUUAUGAUAUAGAAGAUGGCAACCUGGCAAAAUCGUUAACAUGCCAGACCAAAUACUUAACAGCAUUUCUUCUGGCUUUAGGUUUUGAGUUCAAAUACCACUGAGGUCAACUUUUGCCUUUCCUCCUUUCAGGCUUGAUCUAAUUGACCCCACUUCACCAAAAUUUCUGGCAUUGUGCCUAUAGUAGAAAGAAUUGUUAUUGAAUAUGUUUGCUUGCAUUAAUUUACAGCUGGUUACUUAACCUAGAGUAAUGCUUUACAUUCUCUAGUCAAUUUCUUUACUUAUAUCAUGUAAUUAUAUCAUUCACACCAUAAAUAUGUGCAAUAUUCAUUCAUGUCUCACUGUGUAAAUGAACUGUUGAUUGUUACAAAUUCUUUUGUAAUGUUUCUGUUGUUUCUCAUUGCAUCAACACAGUAUUAUACCACAUUUGUAAGCACAGUCUUGUACCAUAGCAUAAUAAAUUGAGGGACCAAAGUUGUUUGUUUUA